ACGGCAGUGGCUUUCCUGCUCUCUUCCUUUUCCUUAGUUGGUGGCGCAGCGCUGUGCACCUGCGACCUGGGUGUGAGCGAGGGAGCCCGCUGGACUCUGGACGGGACCUCGGUCCCUGUGUUUGCUGUCUCUGCCGUUGGCCGCCCUCUCUGUAAGCUUUGUUUCUCGCUGUCCGCAGACAAAGGGCUUGUUCUCUGCUGCACAACUCGUCCUGGUUGUUCAGCCACUGGCUUCCACCACGGAAUCUCAAAUAGUCUCCAGCUGGGCGUCUCCCGAGGGCAGAGAUGAGGAACCCAGGAGCUCCCCAGGCCGGCUCCAUCUCCCAGGGCUUCCGUGUGAUGUUUUACAUGGUACAGCCCAAUGAGACAACAUUUCAGACCCUAGAAGAGGUGCCGGAUUACGUAAAACAGGCAACUCCGAUUUUCAUUUCCUUGAUGCUGCUCGAACUGAUUGUCAGCUGGAUUCACAAAGGGAAGCUACCAGGUGGUCUGGAUGAUGCUUUAACAUCCAUGUCAGCAGGUGUGCUCUCCCGGCUUCCAGGACUGUUUUUCAGGAGCAUCGAAGUAACCAGUUACAUUUAUGUCUGGGAGAACUACAGGCUCUUCAAUUUGCCUUGGGAUUCCCCAUGGACUUGGUACUUGACCUUCUUAGGAGUUGACUUUGGCUACUACUGGUUCCAUCGCAUGGCUCAUGAGGUUAAUAUUAUGUGGGCUGGACACCAAGCACAUCACAGUUCUGAAGACUAUAACUUAUCCACAGCACUGAGACAAUCUGUCUUCCAGAUAUAUACUUCCUGGAUUUUCUACUGUCCUCUGGCACUCUUCAUACCACCUUCAGUGUAUGCUGUGCAUCUCCAAUUCAAUCUCCUCUACCAAUUUUGGAUCCACACAGAGGUCAUCAGUAACCUAGGUCCCUUGGAACUGAUUCUUAAUACUCCCAGCCACCAUAGAGUUCAUCAUGGUAGAAAUCGUUACUGCAUCGACAAAAAUUUUGCUGGCACUCUUAUUAUCUGGGAUAGACUGUUUGGUACGUUUGAAGCAGAGAAUGAGAAGGUUGUCUAUGGCCUAACACAUCCCAUCAAUACAUUUGAACCCUUCAAGGUCCAGUUCCAUCAUUUAUUGUACAUGUGGACUACCUUCUGGGCCACCCCUGGAUUCUUCAAUAAGUUUUCUGUCAUAUUUAAAGGACCAGGAUGGGGUCCAGGUAAACCAAGGCUUGGGCUGAGUGAAGAAAUUCCACAGGUUACAGGCAAAGAAGUUCCCUUCUCCUCAUCUGCAUCUCAACUGCUAAAGCUCUACACAGUUGUGCAGUUUGCUCUGAUGCUUGGAUUUUACGAAGACACCUUUGCAGAUACGGCUGUUCUGUCACAGGUAACGCUCCUUCUGAGGGUCUGCUUCAUUAUCCUGACCUUGACAUCCAUUGGAUUUCUUCUGGAUCAAAGACCCAAAGCUGCUAGUGUGGAAACCCUUCGUUGCUUGAUGUUCCUGAUGCUGUUCAGACUUGGUCACCUCAAACCACUGAUUCCUUCCUUGUCAUUUGCUUUGGAGAUUUUUUUCUCCAUUUGUGUUGCCUUCUGGGGAGUGAGAAGCAUGAAACAACUUGCCUCCAGCCUGUGGAAAUGAGCUGAGUUUGUGCACAAGUCUCGAGUCCAUUCAUAACAAUGUAUAUUCCUUCAUGUGGAACUAUGAUUGUCUUAUGUAAUGCUUACGUGAACUACUUCUUUAUGCUUUCUUGCUUUCACAUUUAUGUCUUUCUAUUAAAAUUAAAAGCAGUUACAAUUACUUUUAUUUUGAUAGUUGAAAAACAAAUGAUUUCAAGUAUGACAAAGCUGUGUUCACUGAUGGCAUCUUAGACUUGUAGAAGAGAAAGGGAGAAAAUGUAAAAAAAAAUGAACAAAGGAUGAAUAUUGCAUUGGCUUUUUUUUUUUUUUUUGACAACAUUGCCCUGAUGUUUCCUAAAGUUGUGCUUUGAUAUA